UUUUUAUAGGACAUAAUAAAGAGCAGGGGAAGUUUACCGUUUGUGAUAAUCCGUGUGUGAAUGAGAACGGCGGGCCGCCUGGGCGAUGUAUGCCGUGACGUUGUCAUGCCAAUCAACUAGACUGUCUUACAGUCUGCACCACACCUUGCCAUAUAUCCACUAUACGUAUACGCAUCGCCAUACGGCCGGCUGUGUGUACAGGAUCCAAACUCAUUUACUCGGCAUUUACGUCACAGGACAACCCUACGAAAUAUCAGCGCGCGUUGGACAGCUAGACGUCACGGGGCUGCUGCUGACUAACUAACGGGUGGCUCGUGGAAAAAUACGGCCCGACUUCACACAGGCUGGCUUUUUUUGCAUACGAUUUGCUGUGUGCCUCACCCUAGACAAGAUGGGCUGUACUAUGAGUGCAGAGGAUCGCGAAGCAGUGGAGAAAAGCCGGCAAAUCGACAAGACUUUGAAAGAUGACGGACUACAAGCGGCCAAGGAUGUUAAGUUACUACUACUGGGUGCAGGGGAAUCGGGAAAAAGCACAAUCGUCAAACAGAUGAAAAUUAUCCACGAAGAGGGAUUCAGUGACGAAGAUGCAAAGGUUUACCGACCUGUUGUAUUUAGCAACACCCUGCAGUCCAUGGUGUCUAUACUCAGAGCCAUGGAGAAGUUGGAGAUAUCCUACGAAGACCCAAGUAGAGAGGACGAUUGUAAGAUGGUGCUUGACAUUGUCAGUAAGAUGCUAGAUUCGGAGCCUUACUCCAGCCCUCUGAGAGGCGCCUUAUCGAGACUCUGGUCUGACAUGGGGAUCCAGGAGUGCUUUAACAGAUCCCGAGAGUAUCAACUUAACGAUUCAGCUAAAUACUUUUUAGAUAGUUUGGACCGCAUCGGAUCCGACGACUACCUGCCUAACGAACAAGACAUACUACGGACACGAGUCAAGACUACGGGAAUAGUAGAAACUCACUUCACAUUCAAAAAUUUACAUUUCAGACUAUUUGACGUUGGGGGUCAAAGGUCGGAGCGAAAGAAGUGGAUACAUUGUUUCGAAGACGUCACGGCAAUCAUCUUUUGCGUAGCACUAAGUGGGUAUGACCAACGGUUGUUAGAAGAUGACACAACGAAUCGGAUGCACGAAAGCCUUAAACUGUUCGACUCCAUCUGCAACAACAAGUGGUUCACCGACACCUCCAUCAUCCUCUUCCUUAAUAAGAAAGACCUCUUCGAAGCCAAGAUUGAGAAGUCGCCUCUCACCAUUUGUUUCCCCGAGUACGAAGGUGAAAAUGAGUAUUCAGCCGCAGUGAUGUACAUCCAGACUCAAUUUGAGGCCCUGAACAAGAGCAACAACAAGGAAAUCUACACGCACAUGACGUGCGCCACAGACACUACAAAUAUCCAGUUUGUGUUUGACGCAGUCACAGACACCAUCAUAGCAAACAACUUACGAGGAUGUGGUUUGUACUGAGGGCCCGUCUACAGACCCCUCGGUGUAGCUGUUUGCAGACACUGUACAUAGAUUAUAAACAUUUGGGCCUGUGAGAAUAUCUCGUCUGGUCCCAUGCGUUCUGAAGAUCAAGCCUAUGUGCCGAUACAUAUGACUCGUCUGGGAGCGGAAUCUGUGACGUCAUCAAGGCGGGAAACUUGUUGAUGCUGAUGCGUGGCGUUGGUGGCUGUAUCUGAAAUAGCGUGAUGAAUAUACGCCAGGGAGAUUUGGUUGAGAGAUCAGCUGUCGUCAAAAACAGAGUCUAUGUAAAUCUGGACAGUAAGUAUGUUUAUGGGUGGGUUAGUGUUAACCAUGAUUGAAGCAUGGUGGAGGACAUGCCAGUCAACAACAAUGACGCUGUGACAUACUGAACGCGCUGACAUCUUUGUAUUGAUUUUUCCCGCCUUCGGUAUCAAAAGUAUGACUGUCUUAAAACCAAAUAUUAACAUUGUGAUCUGUGUAUAGUAACUGACAAUUUUCGUAAUUUAAUGAAGACUUUUCAAUUCCAGUAUGUACGUCUUGCAUCCACUACAUUGUCAUUUUGUUCAUUGUAUUUUUUUCCGUUCAUGGCAUGUGUUACCGUCUUGUAUAGUGUUUUACACAAUGCAACCAUGUACUUACUUCCCAGAAAAACAAAACUCCGGGUCGUGGUUUAUCCCAAAUAUGUAUUGAGGUGUUUAUGUUCAGUGUCAACUGCGCACAGCUGUGGUUUACAGCUGUGUUUUACCUCUUUCAUGCAUUUUGCCAUUAAUAGCAAGUCAAUCGGGUGGAGCUGCGACACGGAGACUUUAAACCUUUUUGACAAAAUUUCAGAAAUGGCGUUUUGAAGAAGAAGAAAAAAGUAUAUAUUUUGAAAUGUCACGCCGAAACCAAAGUGUAUAACACGAUUGUUGACCAGAUGACUCAUGACGUAAUAAUGCUGACGAAGAUAAACAUGAAGAUUGCCUUUGGUCUCUGAGAACCACCGGGAACUGGAAUUAAUACCUAUGACUAUUAUAGGAUCAUAUAGGUGAUCUGUUUACAGUAUGUAAUAAUGUAUAUAGAUCUCCUUGUUAUUCUUUUCCAUCUUGUGAAACCAUCAUUUUGAUUGUUUGCGUCCCGUAAGAUUUGAAUAAUGCAUCUAAUAAACCAUCGCGAAAGACAGCGACAUUCAGAAUUUCUUCCCGGGUAGGCCUACUUCAACUUUUCCUCAACUCAGGCGUAUUUCAUUGUAAGCAUUAAAGAGUCGAGCCGAGCUAUAUGUACAUUUUAUGCUUGCUCACGAUCGGUGCAGAGUUCAUAUACAUGUAGGUAGUAUAGCAUAGUACAGCUAGGAUAAGGCGUAAGCAUAAUGGCCACAACUGUAUCAUGACAGAAUUCAUGUUGAAAUCGUUAUGUCGUUAUGCUCGAUUGUGUAUGGUACCAUUCCCUGGUACUCGCGAAGGUCGGAGUAUCUGGCAACAGCACUGAUUGAAUUACUGGAUACCUGUUGUCUCAACAGUAGCUUCCAUUGUUGUAUGUUUUGAGACCGGUCUCGAGACCAGUUUUGCUUGUCUCUGUCUCAGUACCCCCAUCAUCCCCAUGGUCUCUGUCUCGGUACCCCAUGGUCUCUGUCUCGGUACCCCAUGGUCUCGGUCUCGGUACCCCAUGGUCUCGGUCUCGGUACCCCAUGGUCUCGGUUUGGGUACCCCCAUGGUCUCUGUCUCGGUACCCCAUGGUCUCGGUCUCGGUACCCCCAUGGUCUCGGUCUCGGUACCCCAUGGUCUCGGUCUCGGUACCCCAUGGUCUCGGUCUCGGUGCCCCCAUGGUAUCGGUACCCCCAUGGUCUCGGUCUCGGUGCCCCCAUGGUAUCGGUACCCCAUGGGCUCGGUCUCGGUACCCCAUGGUCUCGGUCCGUUGGUCUCGAUCUCGGACAUUGAAGGUCUCGAUAUUUUGCUGGUCUCGAUAUUGAGGCAACCAGUAUACAGCAUAUAGAAUCACUAAUACUAGAGACGACAAGAAAGAUCAGCAGGGCGUGUUUUGAACCUCCUCCUUCUGAAAUGUGAAAUCAACUUACAACCAUUCUCAUGAACAUUAAAAUCUGAACUCGACAACAACAUGUUGCUUGUCUUUAUUAAUCACACAAAGUCACUUAUAUGAUCCAUUAAGUUAAGUGGGCUCUUCUAAAUAAACAUUGGCCAUUAUGAAAUGCACUUGUUAACACUCAACUAACAUUGGCAUGUAAAUGGAAAAUAACAAACAUGAUUCGGGAUAGGAGCCAAUCCUAUCAGCACACUAACCACGGACAAAUUAUAUGAGAAUGAUAAUUACAUGAAAGUUUUCGAGAACGGUCUCAUAUCAAAGACGAAUUAUUGUUAAAUGUAUGUUUUAUUGAAGACUUCAUAUAACUGCAUCACUUAUGGUUACUUAAAAGUAUAACUCUACGGUAUCGGACAAUGUAUUAGACGUAGAGUGCAUGUACAAUGUGUAUUGCGAAUCACACUCUUCCUUUGCCAAAACAUACACGUAUGUCAUUAUGCAGGUAUAUUUUUUUCUUUUUACUUUGUUUUAUGUAAUUUAAACGUGAGGUCCCGAGGACUCGGUCUCGGUCUUGGACCAUCAGGUCUCAGUCUUUGUCUCAAGCCUCAAGGUCUUGGUCUCGGUCUCGGACGUCGAGGUCUCGGCCUUGGUCUCGGACUCAGUCCAGGUCUCGACUUCAACACUGGACUAUAUAGCUUCGGGGUCCGUCGGCAUUUGUUUGUGUAACAUCAAGUGCGUACCAAGCAAUAUUAUGCUGGGCGCUUAGGCCUAAAAGGUUCCGAGAUAAGCAAACAUUUUACUGAACAAAUGUAAAUAACUCACUGAAAGACUAUAACCUUGAGUUGAUAAUUCAAUGCAUAUAAUUAGGGAUGUAUAAAUGAGUCUUUCCAUCCAUUUUCGUAUUGUAGCCCCUAAACAAAAUGACUAUCGCCCGGCCAUGUUGGCAUUAAACUGAACCGUCAACAAAAUGUUAAAAUAACCCUAUCAGGACCGGGCACACCAACUCAAAAUUAGAAUAUGUUGUGAUUUUUAUAAUAUUUUUUAGAAAUAUUCAUUGGUAGCUUCGCGAUCUGACAGGAUAAAAAAAAAUUGAGCUCGUAUGCGCAAGUAUACUGGAGAUGUAAUAUACAGGCUUUUCGAACGAAUUGGUCAUUCCAUAAAUUUGGGGUCCAAAAGUGUGACUUUGUGUGUCCCAGUUACACCUGACCUGGGUAAUUUGCCAUGCAAGUAUCAUUAAAAUUGACUUCAAACUAUUUUUUGCAAAAAUGUAAGUUGACAGGUACUUUGCUUUACAUAAUCACGCUUGGAGAUAGAAGGCAUUAAAGAAUGUGUCCUGAAUUUACAAAAAUCUUAUAUCACACUAAGAAGGGACACAAGGGAAAAAAUUGGACACCAAAUUUAUGGAAUGACCCAAAUAAUAAUCUCUUCAUGCCAAAAUUCGAGGUUCUAUCCUGGCGCAAUUUGGUGAUAGAGACUUUCACAAAUAUGUUCUGGAUAGUUUAAAUUAUUUGAGAAAUAAUGAAAGAAAAGGGGGGGUUUGGCAAAAACGUUUUUGUACAACCCUCUGUCGAAAACCAUGUACGGUGUAUUCGUGCACUUUAAAAAAACCUGGUCAUAUUUGAUCCAGAAUCCGGGUUGUAGUUGACACUUUUGGUCAAAUGACACUUUUGCCAAGGUUGCCGGGUCGAAAUGACCCGGCAAAUGAGUCAGAAAAGUGUCAUAUGACCAGGCCAAGUGUCAAUUUUGACACAGUAAGGUGUCAGGCCAAUACAGAGCCCGGAUUCCGGGUCAAAUCGGACCAGGAACUUUUAAGACAGUACAGGAUGUCCCAAUAAACAUUGUGCAUGAAGAAAUCGCUGAUUUUCUCAAAAGUUGGUCAGACUAGCUUAUCAAAUGUUAUAGCAUUUUCAAGCCUAUGGUCCUGUUUAUAAUUGGUAAAAGAAAUCAAGAAAAUCCAACGAUGCAAACCAGAGAUAUCUUUGAUUUGGUAAGGCUAUGCAUUUUUCGACCUGCACAAUGUUAUUUCCACACUUAAUGUUUGCUUGUAUGUACCAAUUAUUGGGUUAUUGGUAUGUGUUCGCAGUGCUUGAAAUAUCGCAUGGCCUUUAUGUAAAAAGGUUUCAUUUUGUAAAUAAAUAAAAAAAGAAACAGCCUAGCUAGAGGGUGUUUAUUUGAUUGUUCAUCAAAGAUUAUUAAAAAGCACGUGGUAACUGCUCUUAUUGCAAAUUACUCGAGCGUCAACGUUGUAUAGACCUUUUUGACGCUCUUUGCGAACAUGCUUAACUAGACUACAUGAUUCUAAAAUCAACGAUAUCUCUGGUUUGCAUUGAUUGAUUUUCUUGAUAUUUUCACCAAUUAUAAGCAAGACCAUAGACUUACGAAUAAUAUAACAUUUGAUAAGCUUGUUUGACCACUUUUGAGCAAUUCAGUGACUUCUUCAUGCACAAUGUUUAUUGGGACACGCUGUAUAUUGUAAUCAUAUCAUAUCACGCCCAACAAGUAUUGCGUCAACAUUAUUAUGAUUGAUGGAAAAAUGAAUUUACCGUGAAAAAGUCAACACACCAGUAACACCUUUACAUGCGUUUGGCGUUUAGACAAUUUUCCUUAAUAUCAAUGAGUAUUGUAGCGAUCAUAAUGUCUUUCAGGAUCAAAUAACUAGUUGACAAAUGGCGUUUAAAGUUUUAGUUUUCUCCCAUAUUAUGGGGUCUUUUUAUUACAUCAACCGCUAAAAGAACCUCCGAAGUGGAUCACAAAAAAGUAAAUAAUAAGGAUAGUCUAGCAUUGGUAAUAUCUUAUAUGCUGUAGGUUGUAUUUGAAAUGAUUUAGCAGUGACGUAAUAAUGACGCUUUAUAUAAAUAGAUUAUAAUAGACGUGACGUGAGUGGUUCCAGAAAUAACUGGGCAGCUGCUGCUAUAUAUAGAUAGAUUGCUGGACGCUGUACUAUGUGACAAAAUGUGCCGUUUAAUCGAUAACAAAAAAAAGUUGUGCAAUUUUUAUAUUUUUCUGGGAUUUAAUUAAAAAAGAAAUUGAUAAAUAGAAAGUGAAAUAAUAACGACAGACCGUGUUAAACGAACAACCCAGUAAGCGGUAAACGUGUACCAGACCAUUCCUUUACUGCGUUGUGUAUGUGCGAACUUACAAUUUAAAACAAAAACAAACAAAAAACUUAAAAAUUUUACGAGUGUGUAAAUAUUAAGUCAGAAAAUAUUGUUACCCGAAAUGGUGACUAUUUGCUGCUUGGUGUUUUUCGCAGCAUGAGGGUGGUUUUUUCAUGGAUUAUUGAUAACAUCUUUACAGAUUUUUACUUUUUCACCUUAUUACUAUAAUUCUUAACAAUGCUGCGAUUCCGUUUGCUUAUCAUAGUUGCGUCAAGUUCGUGACGAAAAUGACAUAAUAGAAAUAGACUCGUAACGUAAUCGUAGAACAGUUAAAACUGACGUAACACACACUUUACCUGUUGUUAAACCUCAUUGUAUAAAUACAUAUGCAGAAGCGAAAAUCCCACAUGAAAUUCAUUGUUCUUUUACGUUCAAAUAUAACACAGAAUGAGUAAUGCGAAAAUACAAAUAUUCCUUGGUCACCCUUACCCGUGAAACCGAAUAAAAGGUAUUUCACGUGCCUUCGGCGAGUACACUGCAAAUUGCUAAUGCUGAAUACGAAGUGAUGAAUCACCGAAACAUCCCAAAUCUUGUAUCGUGUUAGUCUAAGAUGUCCACAAUCAAAUAAAUUUUGGGGGAUAAAAGUUGGCCCGCCAUUGUGGCAAUUUGAAAUCGACAAAAGGGUUGAGAUGACAUUAUAUCUCUCAAAAUCCACCAAAAAGUAUUGUAGUUUGUAUUUGAAUGAACACUCCACUAAGUUCACAUUUCUCUUCAUACGAACUACUGCAAAUUACACAGACAAAAAGCCAGUGUUUGCUGAACGCAUAAUAUAGCCUACACCUCAUGAUUGUAACAUCUUUAAGUGGAAUUUUGCUCAAUCAAUUUUCUGCCUGUUUUGGGCUAAUUUGUAUUAUUUGCAGACAUACCAUUUGUAUUAAUGAAGGUGCUAUUAUACUUUUAUUGGCUUAGUCGUUAUCGUAAAGGUUGAAUUCACAGAAAUAGAAUUGCUGAUAUACGUGCAUGCUUAGCCGCAUUGGUUUUAAUAUCAUUAAUAGCAUACUAUCGAUGACACUUUUUAACAUUACACUAAAACAAUUGAAUUGAACGUAAGAGUUUGACACUCGACUUCAUGUCAUGUUGACAACUGACCAGCCUUAAUAUACUUAUGUUAUGAUGAAUUGACAAGAUACUUUAUUUCUUGGUCUUUUUGUGGGAGGGGGGGGGGGGGGGUUGUUGUGCAGGUUGACACACAAGCAAAUGCAUCUUUCUCUCAACAUAAUCUUUAUUGAAAUUUCAGCGUAUCAUGAGAUCGUGAUCAGCUUUGAAAAGAAGGAAGCGAAGGCAGAACUUUUACCGUGGGUUGCACAUGGUCUAUUGGUGUCAUGCAAAUUUACAUUGGUUUCAAUUUAAAAUACGCGCCCGUAAAGGCAACGAUUGUUUGACAAGCUCUAGACUUUUGAACUCAGCAACAAGUUUUUGACAUUCGCAUUGCAUUCUGGCUAUAGACGACAACAAGUGAAAGUUUGUUCUCAAAUUUUUGGGAGCAUUGUACCAGUCAGUGUUUAAAUUACAUAGAUUUCUCCAGUUUUUUCCGAAAUUCUUUGAUAAUCAUAUCUAAUAUUAGUGCACAUACAUGUAAAAAGAUAAUAAAUUCAAAAUAAACCGAUUUUAAAGCUUGGGGGAUUUAUUUUGAAUUUUGUUUCAAGGUGCCAGUCACCAAGCACAUGGAAACAAAUGUGAUUGGUCAGUGUUUGAUGAGAGAAUAUGAGAUCCCGACGCUGAUUGGCCGAUGUUGGCUUUUCCAGCGUCAGGGUCACAGUUCAAGAUAUACUCAAAAUUACUGCUGCAGCAAUGUGUGCAAAGAAUGAUCACUCAUUUCUGGAUAAUACGGAAUCAAAAUAAAUCUGUAACUGGUUCCCUGCCCGACAUGUUCACUGGUUCCCCACCUGACAUGUUUGUACGCAAAUUGCCUAGUUUGUGUGUCAACUUUACCUGGAAUGCAUUGCGAAUAUCGAGUUAGGUUUAUUUUAAUGUACUGUACAUGUUCACCUAACAUAAGCAGGGCUCGGAUCUCCUAAUCAUGAUGAAAAGGCAGGGUCGUGUACACGUAUACAGUUGGUGAAAAACACACAGCAUUAUCGUGAGGCCAGUAAAGUCGAUAGUGAGGGGUGCGGAGUUGGAAUUAAAUGUUGUAUAAAAAAAACACGGUUUGUGGCCGACUUGUAAAUAUUCAAAUUGUGUCCGACUGCCGUAUGUGUGGGCAUGUGGUCAGUGUUGUCACAGAGAAUGUGUACGUGUAUAUUUUAAGCCUCUUAUGAAUCCGACGAAUCGCCUAACAUGAAGAUAGGAUUAACAAAUGUAUUAAAAACAAAACUAACGGAACAUAGCAGCGACUGUUUUUGUUUUUGUUUCCUUCGAAAAGUAACUUGAUGACGUUAAUAUUGAAAUGUAUUUAAGUGGUUACUAUAAUUACGUUUUGGGUCAUGUUUGUACAAUGUUUUGACUGUCAUUGAUGCCGUGGACAUUAAAACGAACGUUAUGGAGACAAA